CAAAAAACGUGGUCCGAAUCUACCUUUCCCUUGCCGGCAUAAAGGGCCGGUAGUCAGUGUUUCAACGGUGAAAUGUGAAAUGUGGGAUGCUUUAGGCAGUGCGCAAGGAGGUUCUGCAUUAAUUCGAACCCGCACGGGCUUAGUCCAACAAUACCGAGCACCGGCCGAACGGAACGCAAAGCCACUGGAGUGAGGGUGAGGUAGCAUUAGGAGAGAUGAAGCCAUGCCCCAAGACCCUUGUGCAUAGUCGGGGGAUAGCACGUUUCACUCUGAGGAGGAAUAUAUGUAUAGCACACGGCGCGAGGACCGGACACAAGAGACAAUUUCGAAAUAGGGAACACUUCAGGUUUGGGGUCACCAAAGAAGGAAACGUGUAGCGUUUGAUAUCAACAAACAAAGAACCCCCAAGGUUUCUUGUUUCCGCGCCACGCAACAACUUCCGAGGCGGGAGCGCAAAAAACACCCCACUACUACUUAAGUUAGUUCAGGCACAAUCGAAAGCAUCAACAUCAAAAACACUACCACGUGUUAAGAAACCACUCCUGUUAUUUUGCAGUUUGCCCUUUUUUUUUUUUUUUUUUUUUUUUUUCAUGAGACCACAGCCAUUUCUAGCUCUCCUUCGAACCCCUCUGUCUAGAGCUCCAGUGCUGUCACCAAAGCUUUCCUAUUACACUCCAUUUAGAGGAAAUCGAUAUUCCCGCUCCGCCGCAGAUAUGUCGAAAUAUAGCAAGGCCUGCUGCUCAAUCCCUCCCAUUGUCUCGAAAGGCUACGAGGAGAAGGGAAAGUAUAUUACCAUAAAUGGCAUGAAAACAUACGUCACUGGCCCUGAAAAUGCUACAGAAGCCAUCCUCGUUAUUUUCGACAUCUUCGGCUUCUUCUCACAGACUCUUCAGGGUGCCGAUAUAAUGGCCACCUCUGACCCGAACCGCAAGUACCGCGUCUUCAUGCCUGAUCUCUUCGAUGGCAGCCCAGCCGACAUUUCUUGGUACCCUCCCGCAACCGAAGAACACAAGAAGAACCUGCAUGACUUUUUCCAAAUCAAGGCUGCCCCGCCAGGAAUACUCUCACGAAUCCCUGGCGUGGUCGAAGAAGCCAACAAGCUCGCCGACGGAGGAAAAUUCAAAGCCUGGGCUAUCCUUGGCUACUGCUGGGGCGGGAAGAUCGCCACUCUGGCUUCGAUGGAGAACACCCUUUUCAAAGCCGCCGUUCAGUGCCAUCCCGCCAUGCUUGAUCCAAAUGAUGCGCCCAAGGUCACUAUCCCAAUGGUAUUGUUGGCUUCCAUGGACGAGGACGUCGACGAGGUCAAGGCCUUCAAGCAUAACCUCAAGGUCCCCAACCAUAUCGAGACGUGGAGCACACAGAUCCACGGCUGGAUGGCGGCCAGAGGAGAUUUGGACAAUCCAGAAGUUCGAAAGGAGUAUGAAAAUGGAUAUAAGACAGUGCUGGGCUUCCUCAACGAGCAUAUGUAGGUUGCCUGGCUUUUAAAACAAAUACUCGGUUGACGGACGAGAGUUUUAUUACUUCCAUCUCCAGAAGAUGAAGAAAAAUUAAUAUCCCGUCUCCAAUUUUUUUUUGUCAAAUGAACAAAGAGGGAAAAAAAAAAUAAAAAAAAUAAAAAAAAUAAAAAAAAGAAUGAGGGAAGAAGACACAAUUUAAUGGGAAAAAAGGUUAUUGAAGGGGGAUAAAACCGCUAAUUCAACCGACAAAUAUGUCAACUCGACGUCUAAAAUCUAAAACUGUCCAAAUAUCAAUUUCAAUAAUCAGCCAUCAAACCCAAAACAAACCCGCUCCCGUUCGAAUUUUUUACCCUGAUAUCGAAAUUUACAUCCGAAGGCAUAAAAGAAAGGAACGGCAAAAGAGGAGGGGAACGGGGAACAUCGGGGAAAAAAAAUGAAAAGGAAGGGAGGGUGCUGCCGAUGUCCUGGGCAUGGGUUCAUCGUUUGCAAAUUUCUUGUCGAUUUCCACUCCGGCCUUCCCCUAGCUUCUUGUCUGUCCUUGAUUGAUUUUUUGCUUGCUUCGUAUCUUCUUUUAUUCCCUAAUUUGAAAGCGGAUUGUGCUCCCCAGCUUUGCUUUCCUUCAUUCCGUCAUUUGAAGUGUGUCCCGAUGCUGAAUGGAAUGGCUAUAAUUAGCGAAUGUAAUUCACGUUGAAAUGCAAUGAAGGUAAUUGCCACAGCUUCGACUUUUGAAACAUAGAUUUUUUAUAUUGUUUCACUCGCCUUUCGGGACGGGGAUGGGAUUAGUAUGAACAUUGAAUCAGAAUGGAUGAGCUCAAUUUGAACUUGCCGAGUUACAGAAGGGUAGAGGAGAUAUAACUAACUAUUUUAAUGUUUCACUGCUGGGUUGGUUUUUGUAGAAAGGAUAUCCAGUUAAAGCUGUAAUGCAAUUUGAGUUCGAAGACCUGGUGGAUAAAUGUCUGGGUUACUGCGCGUAGGCCCAACGAAUCAACCCCAUUUUUCCAAAUGAAGAAGAGAAUAAAUAAAAUCGACUAAAUAAGAUCGAAUAGAACAAAUGGCAUCAAUCAGAUAACUGUAAAUCAAUGUCGUCGUAAGCCUUUCCACAAGGAUUCCGCAGUGGCCCAACGUCGGUCUUGGGCCUUCGUUCCAACCGCCUGCUAAUGUCCAAACAACCGUCUUUCAGGCUGCGGAUUUAAGAGGAAAGGACAUUUGGGUAGAACUUCGGGCGAUAAGUCGAACAUCUACCAAUCAACUAGUCAAGCAAAUUCAACAAGGAUAAUCAAAGCAUUUCUCUCCGC